AUGGGGUUGCGCCUUUAUGCCAUUCUUUACAAGUCAAGAACAGCAUCCAAUCCCAAUAGAAUAUUUUUCGGGUGUCCAUUCUUCAAGGUUAAAGAACGGUGUUGCCGGUAUUUUGUGUGGCUUGAUGAACACUUGAAAAAAAUUAGGGUCAUGGAGUCUGAAGCAUUGGGUGCUGUGGAUGAUGUUGGAGGUGUAGACAUUGAAGAUCAUGUGGUGCGAAGUCAGGAAUUGGAAGAAAAAAUUCAACUGGUGCGAAGCCAGGAAUUGGAGAAAAAAAUGAAAGAGUUGGAGAGGAAACUGUUAUGUAUGGAGAAGGAGAAAAAAAUGAGUAUGUGGCACAUUGCUUUGAUUAGUGUAGUUUUUGUUGUUGCUGUAUGUAUCUUAAAGUGGUGA